AUGUGCAUUGACCCAACAUCCGUCUCUGAUGACGGCGAUAUUACUCCACCUGGCCGCACUGUCUCCUUUCCUACUGCAUCACCCAUUGAAAUCCUGUCCACUCUGAUCCCGGUAGCCUGGUUCAGAAGAGAUUUCACAGAGGACGGGAUUCGUAGCUUUGCUCCAAAAGGACGAUUUUCUACAUGUAGUUGCUCUUCGUUUUCGGAAAAUUUCAAUGGGGACAAGCCUCGCCGAAAAAGAACUCCAUGGAUGCAGGUUGACCGUGCCGGACAGGGCACAGGCCUGGGUUGGUGGGACCAUCAACCCCUGCUUUUUGCCACACUGCGAACGUCAAGCCCUCUGAACCUGGAGGGUUACAGUAUGGAAAGAUUCAGGAAGACACGUACAAAAUUCGCAGUAGCUAUUGAUUAG